UUGUCUAUGUAAUUCGCACAUCGGAAAAAGAACAAGGACGUCAGGAAAAUUUUGGUUAUUUCAUCAUUCUUAGUAAUUAAUUUAACUUUGUUUAAUAAUGUCGGAUUGGGAUACUGUUACUAUACUUCGCAAGAAACCACCAAAGGCAUCAGCUCUUAAAACUGAACAAGCCGUUAAUGCUGCUCGUCGUCAAGGUUUGCCAGUGGACACCCAACAAAAAUAUGGUGCAGGAACUAAUAAACAACACGUUACAACUAAAAAUACCGCAAAACUCGAUAGAGAAACUGAAGAACUACGCCAUGAAAAGGUACCACUUGACUUAGGAAAACUGAUAAUGCAAGGCAGACAGUCUAAGGGUAUGAGUCAAAAAGAUUUGGCAACAAAAAUAUGUGAAAAGCCUCAGAUUGUAAAUGACUAUGAAGCUGGUCGUGGUAUUCCGAAUAAUGUUGUACUUGGUAAAAUUGAAAGAGCGAUUGGAUUAAAACUUCGUGGAAAAGAACGUGGCCAACCGCUACAGCCUCCUGGAGGAAAGAAAUAACGGAUUCCCUAGGAGGCGAAGACUAAACUCCGAUUUGUUUAUUGCAUAAUAUUUCUCUUAUUUUUGCCGUUGUGUUUAAUUUUAAUAAUGUACUUCAUCAUACUGUUGUAAUAUGAUGCAUUUAAUGAGACUUAACUUGGUUGGAGUCUGAAUUCUAGAACAUUCUUCAAUCUGAUGUUACCAUCGUGAAAAAGUUACUAAACAAAAUAAUAAAUAUGCAGCGAUUGGGAAAUGUGGAUGUGAUAUGCAAUAAUAAACAUAGUUUUAUUUAUGA